UAUGUAUCCUACCUGAUGAUCUUGUCUGGACCAUUCUGCUUCCACAUCCACAAAUGCCAGCUCUCUUCAGUCAGUAAAAAUCAAUUAAAACCAAGUCGAACCUUCAAGUUUUCAGUUCCAGAAGUAUUCUUUAAUUUUUUAAAAUUAAGCAAGCCCUUUUAAUAAUCGCUCCUUUCAUAAGUGAUCCUGGUAAAGUUUCAAUAUCACACUUAAUAAGUAUUGAGAUUUUUUAGAUUUACGUAUAUGUGUGAUUCACGACAAAGGGUAAGUAAUAAUUUCUUCUGGAGCCAAUUUACCAGUUUUUCUUAGUGGUUGCAACAAUAAGAUUGGGCUCUAGGCGCCGCUGUUCACCAAUAAGGGAAUGGGAGAUCGCGAGGUAUUGAGUCCCUCUGCAACCUCUAUUACACAAAGCAGAAUGAGAUGAAUACUCACACAUACUGGUGCUGAAAACAAAAGCACUUUAUUUCGCUUUCUAAUAUAUUUUGGAUGCUGAAGGCCUGGAACCUCACUGAUACAUAGGCUUAUUGAGAACAAAUCGGCUCAAGACAACACGGAGUAUCGGCUCAGACCCUGCCAUGGCGAAUCCGCCACAGCGCCUGGACCGCAGCGGGCUGAUCCUGCUUUUCAUUUUCCUGGGGACACUGCGAGAGUUUGGGACUGGGCAGAUCCGAUACUCUGUGCGAGAAGAGACAGAAAAAGGCUACUUCGUGGGCAACAUUUCCAAGGACCUGGGGCUGGAGCCCCGGGAGCUGGCGGAGCGCGGAGUCCGUAUCGUCUCCAAAGGAAAAACGCAGCUUUUCGAUCUGAAUCCAGGAGGCGGCAGCUUGGUCACCGCGGGUAGGAUAGAUCGGGAGGAGCUCUGUGAGAAGGUGUCCUCCUGCUUUUUAAAUAUGGAGAUUCUUGUGGAGGAUACCCUGAAGAUUUAUGGGGUGGAGGUAGAAAUAAUGGAUAUUAAUGACAACGCCCCCGGCUUCCGGGAAGAGGAUGUAGAGAUAAAAGUCAGUGAGCACGCCUCUCCUGGAUCGCGAUUUCCUCUCCCGAACGCUAGGGAUCCAGAUGUGGGGGUCAACUCUCUCCACAGCUACCAGCUUAGCCCUAAUAGUUACUUUUCUUUGCAAGUGCGAGGCGGAACUGAUGGAAUCAAGAAUCCGGAGCUAGUGCUGGAGGGAGGCCUGGACCGGGAGAAAGAGGCGUCUCACCUUCUCAUCCUCACUGCCUUAGAUGGAGGAGAUCCUAUCCUCAAGGGCAGUGUUCCCAUUCGCGUGGUGGUCCUCGAUGUAAAUGACCACAUCCCAAAAUUUACACAGUCUGUGUAUCGAGCGAGUGUUCCCGAAAACCUCAGCUCUGGAACGCGGGUUCUUGUAGUAAACGCAACGGAUCCAGAUGAGGGGACCAAUGGGGAAGUGAUGUAUUCAUUCCGGAAUGUAGAAAAUAAAGCUUCUGAAAUGUUCCAGUUGAAUCCUCAAACUGGAGAAGUUCUAGUACAAAGUCCUCUGGAUUUUGAAAAAUACAGACUCUAUGACAUGGAAAUUCAAGGCCAAGAUGGUGGCGGUCUUUCCACCACCGCUAAGAUGUUGAUUACAAUUGUGGAUGUGAAUGACAAUGCUCCAGAAAUAACUAUCACCUCUUCUAUUACCUCAGUGCUGGAAAACUCUCCUCCAGGUACAGUAAUUGCUCUUCUAAACGUGCAGGAUCAAGAUUCUGGAGAAAAUGGUCAGGUCUUCUGUUUCAUUCCUGACAAUCUUCCUUUUAAAUUAGAGAAGACUUAUGGAAAUUAUUAUAAGUUGGUAACAAACAGCGAGCUGGACAGAGAGCAGGUCGAGAGCUACAAUAUAACACUGACAGCCAAAGACCAGGGAAAUCCACCCUUGUCUACAGAAAUUCACCUGUUGUUGAAUGUGGCAGAUGACAAUGAUAAUCCCCCAGUUUUCACCCAGGCCUCUUAUUCUGCCUACAUUCCUGAAAACAACCCCAGAGGAGCCUCUAUCUUUUCAGUGACUGCUCUGGACCAGGAUAGCAAAGAUAAUGCCCAGGUCACUUACUCCCUGACAGAAGACAUGAUCCAGGGGGCACCUCUGUCCUCUUAUGUAUCUAUCAAUUCAGACACCGGGGUCUUAUAUGCUCUGCAAUCCUUCGACUAUGAACAGUUUCAAAACCUACAUCUGGGAGUGACUGCGCAUGACAGUGGGGACCCACCACUCACCAGCAAUGUUUCACUAACCCUUUUCAUCCUGGAUCAAAAUGACAACACCCCAGAGAUCCUGUACCCGGCCCUCCCCACUGAUGGCUCCACUGGUGUGGAGCUGGCACCCCGCUCUGUAGAGCCUGGUUAUCUGGUGACCAAAGUGGUGGCAGUGGAUAGAGACUCAGGACAGAAUGCCUGGCUGUCCUACCGCCUGCUCAAGACCAGCGAACCAGGGCUGUUCUCUGUGGGGCUGCACACGGGUGAGGUGCGCACUGCACGAACCCUGCUGGACAGAGAUGCCCUCAAGCAGAGCCUCGUGGUGGCUGUGCAAGACCACGGACAACCUCCCCUCUCAGCCACCAUCACGCUCACUGUGGCAGUGGCGGACAGCAUCCCAGACGUCCUGGCGGACCUGGGCAAUCUGGAAUCUCCUGCCAGCCCUAAUGAGUCAGGCCUCACGCUCUACUUAGUUGUGGCCAUCACGGCGGUCUCCUGCGUCUUCCUCCUCUUUGUCAUCGUGCUCCUGGCUCUCAGACUUCGGCGUUGGCACUCAUCGCGCCUGCUCCAGGCUGCGGGUGGGUUAGCAGGUGUGACAACUAACAACUUUGUGGGCGUGGAUGGGGUGCGCGCUUUCCUGCAGACCUAUUCCCAUGAGGUUUGCCUCACCUCGGAUUCGCGGAAGAGUCACCUGAUCUUUCCACAGCCCAACUAUGCUGACACGCUCAUCAGUCAGGAGAGCUGUGAGAAAAGCGAGCCUCUCCUGAUAGCUGAAGACUCAGCUAACAUUUUAGGCAAAUGUGACCCGACAGAUAAUCAGGUAGGACUUACUUCUCUGUCUCCCAACUAUUGCUGUCCUAGCACAAGUCUUUUAAAGGGAUUUUUGCUGAGCUGAUUUGGGGCGGGCAUUGUUAGUUCAUACAUACUUAGAACAAUACAUGUGUACUUUACCUUUCAUCAGAUUAUCAUCGUUUUUCGGAUAGGUUUUCUGAAAGUCUUUUUUUUUUUUCAU